AUGUACCCUAUUGGGGUAUCAUAUACUACACACUCUCUUAAUCCUAAUCUCUGUGGGCUUACAGUCGCCCACCUAUUUUUCUCACUCACUUGGGCCAAGGCUUUCCUCUGCGGAGAGGAGGAAAGCCUUCAAGUGAGGCCGGACCCAGCUUAUUUCGAGAGACAGUAACGAGUGUUCGCAUAAUCAGAAUCACAUUUAUCUUGACUACGUCGAUCCACAUUAUCUGGAUCUGAGGUAUGCUCCUCCAGCCUCAGACAACACCUCGGUAGUUCGAGAAUCGAACCAGAACCAAGCACAAGAGACUUCCCUCGAUACUCUCAUUACCGCAACAACCUCUGAGGACAAUAAUUCUUUUCGGACUCAAGAGGGAAGUUUUCCAGAUCCAUAUCCACCAAGCAACACUAUCUUUACCUCAAGUUUCGAGGAAAACAACUCGUUCCAAACACAAGUUACAAGUACACAACAGCAACAAGACCCUUUUGCACACGCUGAAGGCCCACUUCCACCGCCCGAUCCCCCACAGCUGAGGUAUGUAUCCUCCCAUUGAAAAUCAUCUUCACUAUAUACAAGACUCUGACACAGUUUGACAGAGUUCCCAUCGCAACCCAUGUCGAUCCAUUGCAAUGCCAUUUUGAGUGUUGCAUGCAAAAGUUCCGACACAAGAAAGACUUGGAUCGACACAGGAGAACUGAGCAUGAGUCGGAAGAUCGCUUUUAUUGCCCCCAUAGCUGGUGCAAGUACUCCAUAGGAGGCAGUAAGAAUUUCAAAAGACGGGAUAAACUGAAAGACCACAUGCGUACGCAUAAUAAGGGCAACUAGGAUGGUACAGUACAGCUCUGCAGAAAACAAUCAUAGUUCGUUUGAACGGCUUGGAUUGAUACUGUAACCGAUGAGUAACUUGUC